AUUGGUCUGCUGUGUUUGGGAUAUACUAACUUCAUCUCCAGUUCUUUAAAUCUUACCAAUGUGACCCGGGUCCAGGAGUUCAUCCUGCUGGGCUUGUCCACAAGGCCAGGUCUACGAGGAGUCCUCUUUGCAGUGUUCCUCACCCUCUACCUGCUGACUCUCUUGGAGAACACCAUCAUUAUCUUGCUCAUCUGGAGCCACACAGAACUCCACAAGCCCAUGUACUUCUUCCUGGGGAACCUGAGCUGCUUGGAGAUGUGCUAUGUCUCAGUCACGGUGCCCACCCUGCUGCUUGGCCUGUGGUCAGGGCCUUGCCACGUCCCAUUCACAUCCUGUAUGACUCAACUCUUCUUCUUCAUCACCCUUAUCUGUGCCGAGUGCACUCUCCUGGCCUCCAUGGCCUAUGACCGCUACGUGGCCAUCUGUCGUCCUCUCCACUACUCAAUACUCAUGAGACCCCAGAUCUGUCUCAUUUUGGCCAUAGCCUCCUGGAUGGGCAGUCUCAGUGUCUCUGUGAUCAAAACAUUCUUUAUUGCUGGACUUUCCUAUUGUGGCCCCAAUGUCCUUAACCACUUCUUUUGUGAUGUUUCCCCUCUGCUUAAUCUCUCUUGUACCCAUGUAGCACUAACUGAGCUGGUCGACUUCAUUUCAGCCAUUGUCAUUUUCUAUGGCUCCCUGAUGGUUGCCCUGGUCUCCUAUGUGGCCAUUGGGGCAGCUGUGGCACGAAUGCCCUCAGCUGCUGCCCGGCUCAAGGCCUUCUCUACCUGUGCUUCUCACCUCAUUGUGGUGGGCAUUUUCUACUCAGCUGCCAUCUUCAUCUAUGCCCGGCCCAAGCGUAUGGAAAACAUGGACCUCAGCAAAUUGUUGUCUGUCAUCUACACUGUGCUCACACCCAUGUGCAACCCAAUCAUCUACUGCCUGAGGAACAAGGAGGUCCAAGGGGCUCUUCACAAGACCCUUUACAAAAUUAGGAUCAGUCAGAGUUCUGCCAGCUAG